AUGGAUGAGAAGAAGAAAAGCAAUGUUGGUCUUAAAGAUAAAAUUAAAUUAAAUGAAUUGUUUAAAUCAAUUGAUAAAAGUCACGAUAAUAAAAUUGAUAUUGAUGAAUUAGUUUAUGCUUUAGAACAAAUUGGAGUAACUGAACAGAAACGACUACAAAGAGCACGACGUAUAUUGAAUGAAAGUGGUGGACAAAGUAGCAUAACAUUUAGACAGUUUAUUAACUAUGCAUUGCAACAAGAAAAUAAACUUCGACUAUUAUUCAAAAAUUUAGAUUUGGAUUCUAGUGGUAAGUCAUUAUUUUUUCUAACUUCAGUAGCAAUCAGCGCAUGCCUAAUUUUCUUAUUUACUCACGCCUAAUUUAAGAAUUUAUAGAGAAAGCGCAAAUUCUGGACGUGUUCGAGCGCGGGUUUUUUCAAAGUCAGAUUUUGACACGGAAAGCAGAAUGUUUCGACAGCAUGGUUUUCAUCACAGCAUUCAUAAGAGAUACAUUUUCUGCCAUUUUCUAUUCCUUGAAUUUACAACAUGUUUUCGUGGAAACUUUCUAGCCGUCGGAACGGAUUGAAAAUCUAUCCUAUUUGUUACCUUCAGAGACCUGAAUUUUGGGGGUGUGUGUGGGGGAGGGGGUGUACCCCCCAAAAUUUAAAAGAACAGAAACAAGGUAAUUAUUUAAAAUAAAGUUCACACUAUCUCGGACAAAAAACUUUCGUUACACCCGCCCAAUGUCCAGCACCUACUCAGGUCCCUGGUUACCUUUUUCACUUUUGCAUACUAAAGUCUGAUAUAGUGCCAUCAAACGACUCCAGAGAUUUAGUAAGAGCUUACGAGAGAAGGUUAGGCAUGUACCAAUACAAUAUAUUGGGACCUAAUAAUGUUGUGUGUCAAUAUAUUGGACUUUUACCAAUGAUAUUGGUUCACCACGCUUGACCGUAGUUUAUUGGAAUAAAUGGUAUCCGGGUGGAAAAGGAAGCUAACAAGAGUACUAAUGCACACCGCAGCUUAUCUGUUAGAUAUAAAAACUAAAUGGGAAGUUGCGCUACUUUGACUGAAGAUCUGAUGGACUUCGCUCGAACUUUUUGUUCUACUGUGCGUUUGGUACUGUCUCUUGUCCUUUCUUUCAUAACUCUCAGGUAAUAUAGAGGAUUGCACUUUUAUUUGCAGAAUUGUGUAAACCGCUUCGAAAGAAAUGAAAUGAUAGUGGAUCGAAAGUUUUUACAGAAAACGUGUUGUAAAGUGAACUACACUUUCCUUCAUUUCUGCUAUGUUUGAAACGAUGCUUUGUCCUGUAUAAAAAAUCCAAUAAAAAGCUUCAAAGAGCAUAAAAUUUGGUAAACCUUUUGCUUUAAAACGCAAUGUUAAAUUAUGAUUUUUUAUCGAUGAAUACUUUUUGGGAUAAUGGUCAAGAGAUGCAAAAUUAGCACCUUGCAAAAGUCGUGCGCAUUUCGCAUAUUCCAAUUUUUGCUCGUCUCUACCACAAACUGAAAAAAACUGUGUAAACAGGACCCAGCGCAACUUUUAUUUAUGAAAAAAGGCUAAAGCUUCAGUUUGGUAUGCUGUGAGACGCAAUAAUACUUAACUUACGAAUAAACAUUCUCAGGUGGCACGCAGCGGCGUAACCAGGAUUUUUAGUCCAAUGGGCAAACUUCUGUUGUAUCGGAAAAAAACGAUGGGCAAAAUGGGCAAGGUUUUUUGUCGAUGGGCCAAAAGAUUUUUGGUCCAAAAAGAAC